CCUCUCCCACCGACACCGCGGCCCCGCGCGCGGGGGCCCCCGCAUGUCAUCGUCUCCGCUCCCUGUGCGUCCCCACCGCGACGGCGCGAGCAGGUCUGCUGGUCAGCGGGUGCCCAGCCCGCUGGCCGCUGCUGAUCUGCGACCGUUGUCUUUAAGCUCGCACGCGAACCGACCCACACUCCGCGCAAGCCACUGCCACCGCCGGGCGCCGCCAGCCUCCGCCUCCACUCCGCCGGUGCCCCGCCCUCCUCCGCUUUUCUCGUCCCAGGGUCGCCGUCUUUGCAGCCGCCGCCGCCUCGCCAGAUCCCGUCCCGCGACGCGGCGCAGAAUCCCGUCCCGUGGCGGUCCCGGCUUGUUGGGGAGGAUGGGCAGCACCAGCGCGUUCGUCAUCAGGUGGAUCAACUUCUUCACCAUGAUACUGGCACUACUGGUGGUGGGUUUCGGGUUCUGGAUGAGCACCCACAACGAUGAGUGCAGGCGGUCCUUGACCAUCCCUGUCAUAGCUCUGGGAGGAGUGAUCUUUCUCAUAUCGCUCAUCGGAUUCCUUGGUGCUUGGAAGAACAUUUCUUGCUUGCUUUGGACAUACCUAAUCAUGCUGUUCGUGGUCUUGGUGGCAAUCAUGGUGUUCACGGUGCUUGCGUUUAUCAUAACCAAUACAGGAACUGGCCAUGUUGUUCCUGGGGCUAGAUAUAAAGAGUACCGUCUUCAAGAUUACAGCUCCUGGUUUGUCAAACAGCUCAAUAACACGGAGAAAUGGACUCACCUGAGAAGUUGCCUUGUGAAGUCAGAUGACUGCAAUAACCUGUCAAAAAGAUACAAGACUCUGAAACAAUACAAGCUUGCAGAACUUACUCCCAUGGAGUCAGGCUGCUGCCGCCCACCAGCAGAGUGUGGGUACCCAGCUCUGAACGCCUCCUAUUUCGAUCUGAGCUAUCAUCCAGUGAGCACCAACAUUGACUGCAAACUGUACAAGAACGCACGCUCUGUCAGGUGCUACGACUGCGAUUCUUGCAAAGCUGGGGUUGCGCAGUACAUGAAGACCGAGUGGCGCGUGGUUGCAAUCUUCAACGUGAUAUUGUUCGUCAUCCUGUCGUUCGUGUACUUUGUGGGCUGUUGCGCGCGGCGGAACGCUGGAGGUAGCGAUGCAAAAGGUAGUGGAAGGUGAAAGAAACAAUAGGUAGCGAUGCAAAAGGUGGUGGAAGGUGAAAGAAACAAUUCGUGGGCUUUUGCGCGCGGCAGAACGCUGGAGGUAGCGCUGCAAAAGGUCGUGGAAGGUGAAAGAAAACACUUCGAGGUGAAGCGCUUGGCCAUCCGAUGUGGAAGCAGGAAUUAGCUUUAGCACCCCUGUAAAAUUGUUCCAUCAAAUUCCUUUGAUGAAAGAUAUUUGGGCUUAUCUGCUGUGUGGUGAUAUUCUAUUCUCUGUUGCAAAUGGGUUGCGAACAUCUUGGGAGAUAAAAUUCAUUUUGCCUCUGAUUUCAUGACAAUUUUUUCAGGACAGAAAGAACUAUAGAGAAGCUCCGGUGUCUGAUGCUUAUUACAAUAAUCAUGAUAAGUACACUUACUGUGGCAGUAUGAAGAUCAACGGAUCUCAAAAUUGAGCAUUCUUUGGUGAUAACAAGUAAC